CAACAAACACCAUGGAGAACGUGCUGGCCGACGAACAAGACACAUGGCGAAAGAACUACUUGAAGGAAGUCCAAGUCAGUCGGAGUCUAGCCAAGCAACUCCAGGAAUGCGAGGGCAAGCUCGAAGCUGCUUUAGAGAAAGGCCAAGACACACCGGAAACCCCCGAUUGUUCCAAAUGCCUAGUAUUGGAGCGUGAACUCGAUGUACUGCGGGCGCGGCACAAGUCUGUGAUCACAAAGUUCAAACUUCUCGAAGAAGAGCUUGCUCAUGCACGGAAGUCGCCCCUGAUGCAACUGUUGAGCCCAAAGCGCAAGCACAAACCACCGCCUCCCACGUCACCCAAAGCUGACCAAAACCCUGCAAGUGUGCCCGAAAGGAAGCAAAGCGUGCGGAAACCUCCCCCCACAAGGGCAGAGAUCGACCAAGCUUGUCAAAGUGUAUUUCGCGAAAACAACAACAUUCCCCAGGUGUUACAAGCGGCAGCGGCAUCCAGCGACACGGAACUCUUCCAUCACGGGAUCCUCUUUGGAUACCCCGACGAGGUCGUUCCCGACCCAUCCAAAGACCUCAAACACAAGGACGACAAAACGGUUGACUCUACCUCAUCUUGGCUGGGCAAAAUGCUCAAGUCCCCUCCCACGUCGCCGUCCCAAGCCCAUCCUCCAUUUCGAAAACCCAAAAUCAUGAGCGUAUUUCCAUCGGCGGCUUCGCUGGCAGACGUGGAGCCGAUGAUGGAGUUUUGCUUUCCCCAUGGGGAUUCCCACCACGGCGGAGGCUUUUCCGGCGGCGACGACGACGAUCUGUCGUUUGUGGUGCUGCUGUCUGGCACCCAACCCGCUCAAAACAUGUAUGCGAUCUGCGUGCUGCCGUCGCAACGACCGGUGCGAUGCUACUGCCUCGUCAGCGUCCAUCCGUUUUUCAGCUUGUUUGUCAAACUGUUACGGGGGAUCGUGGGCAUGUGCCACAACCACACGCCUCAAGCUGUCCAAGUGAUCUUUGACGAUGCCCUCCGCCGACUCCACGGCACGCCGGUGCCGCCCAUGGGCGGGUGGUGCAGCUUCCGACUUGACCCACAGCACCCCCUGCUCACGUUCCACCGCCCGCACACGUCCACAACCCGCCACGAAGCGCGCCAGUUCAUCCUCGAGUAUACAUCUCCGCGUCUGUUUUCCAAAGUCAGUUUGGACCACCUGCUCGUGCUCCUCGGAUGUCUCUGCUGCGAAGUCAAGGUGCUCCUGAAGUCGUCCGACCCGUCCCUUCUCACGUCGUGUGUGCUUGCGGUGCGGGCGUUGCUGGAUCCGUUUGAAUGGGUAUUGUGAAUGGGGUUCUUUUAAAAAAUAUAUAUGGGGAUAUGUAUGUAUUGUAGGCCGGCGUGGUGGUGACGCUGUUGCCGCCGUCGUUGGGAGAAAUCCUCGAAGCGCCCGUGCCGUUCCUCGUUGGCCAAGUCACUUCAAAGCAGCAUUCUUGUCAUCAUUCGACCCGAUCUUCAGUUCCGUCACUCGUGCAACUCGACAUUGACACGAACACGUUGAUCAUGGACGACCAAGAGAUGGAGGUACUGCAUGAACUCAAGCUUCCCCGAAGCGAUUCGCUCCAGUUCCAGCUGCAGUCGUACGCGUCGACGUGUUUUGGCAGCGACCUGUCCCCCCAAAGCCUCGAGCGGCACCACGUCGAGGCCUGCGAACACAUGAGCGCGUGCAUUCAGUCGCACUUGGCAUCGCUCUUGGACCCGUCCCAGCACCAGCACGACGCACCCUUUCUCCAUCGAUUCCACUCGACCCAAAUGUACAGCAUCGCGUCGUCCGAGUGCAAUUUGAACGAAUUGGAGGACGUGUCUGGUGGAGCAGGGAGCGAUUUAGAAGGGGAGUCGACGUCGUAUGAGCCGACCGCGUAAUAACAAACAUCAUACUAAACGAAACCAUCUCAAGGCCUGGACCGUUGGUUAUGUGAUUACAAC